GAAAGCCUCACCUUGACUGUACUCGCAUCUCCACUGAGUGAUCCGGAGGGUGAGAUAUUUGACUGACCAUGUCGGCGUCAACUCCUACCCGGCCGAAGCGAAGUCGAACCUCGUCCUCGCUGUCUGUACGCCGCUCAGUGACGGUACCGAAAACCGAGGUCACCAUCAACGUUUACGACCUCCUUCCACCUGGUCGACUCUCGUCCUUCCUUUGGACCAUUGGUGGCAGCCUUCUCCAUUCUGGCGUUGUCAUCAAUGGCCGAGAGUAUGCAUAUGGUGGGCAUAACCGCCGCAAUACUACCGGAGUCUACUACACAAAGCCACGGCUAGAGCCACCAGGAGGUACCUUUCGUUGCAACAUCUUGCAAGGCUUCACCUUCCGUACACAGGCGGAGAUUGACAACAUCAUCCGCUCUGUAAGCGAGCAAUUCCUAGGUGAAAGAUACAAUUUACUGUCGAAUAACUGCAAUCACUUCACAAAUGCCUUGUGCGAGCGAUUGACUGGCAAGUAUGCUCCUGGCUGGCUCAACCGUGCGGCGGGAAUUGGACUGGCAUUGCCAUGCAUGGUACCUAGCGAGUGGGUCAACCCGCCGGAUGCCGAGACGGCGGACGGCGAGCUUGUGGAAGAUGAAGAGGACGACGAUGAGCGGGCAGCAAUGCUACAGAGCGACAGGCGGCGAAGAGGAGAGCAUAGAAGGCAAGAGAGUGCUCUCCUCUAUGACAACCUUAUGGAGGGCGGAACCAGGGUCACGUCCGAGCCUAGCACACCGCCAGCCAGGCUUGUCAACGUGCGGGAUACUUCAGGGAGAAAAAUGCCGGCCGCGGAACGAGCACCUAUGCCCAGCAGCAGCAAGCGCUGA